AUGCAAUCCAUUUCCCGCGACCACCGCAUCUACGUCCUCCACCCCGAAAACGAACCGGCCGUCACCAUCGACUCGGGCGGCGACCUCAUGGUGGAAACCUGGGACGCGUUCGAGGGCAUUCGCGAGCCUGGGGCCCUGCAGGAAAAGUCCCUCAAGGGACCGGCCACCGGCCCGAUCUACGUGAACGGAGCCGAACCUGGGGAUGCCUUGCGCAUUGAGUUCGUCAGCAUCAGGCCCAAGGAGAACCCGGCGCACAUGGUCAUGCCCGGCCGGGGUUUCCUGGAUGCCGAGUUCACGGAGGGUUAUCCCACCGUCAUGAGCAUUGACGGCGACGAUCUGGUGCUGCCCAGCGGUAUGCGCCUACCUUUGAAUCCGUCCUUGGGUCUCGUCGCCACGACGCCCACGUACCCGCAGGAAACGGCCAGCGACAGCGGACCCUACGGCGGUGACAUCGACAUGAAAGAGCUGGUGGAGGGCAGUGUCCUGUUUCUGCCGGUGUUCGUCCCCGGCGCACUGCUCGCUAUGGGCGACUGCCAUGCGGUGGUCGGCGACGGCGCGGUGGCCGGAACCGGUGCGGAGUGCUCCGCCGACACUCACGUGCGCGUCACCGUCGAAAAAGGCAUGAACCUCUCCGGCCCCCGCGCCAUCACCCCGGACCACUACGUUGUCCUUUCCCAUGGCGACGAUCUCGGCCCGGCGAUGAAGCGGGCCGUACGCGAGAUGGUGGACUUCCUCACCACUGAAAAAGGCAUGGCGCCCUACGACGCCUACACCCUGUGCAGCCUGGCCGGCGACGUCCGCGUCUCCCGCACCUUCCGCCCCAUCAGCCCCGUCAAGAUGAUGCUCUCCCGCCAGGCUUUGGAGCAACUGUAA